AACAGCAAGUGAUUUGAAGCCUAAAAGGAGAUGAGCAAUCCCCGAGACUCAGGCAGAAAAAGUCCCAGUGAUACAGGAAGCCAUCUGGUUCCUGAUGCAUAACUAGGCGGCAGAGGCACCUCUGCCUGACACGGACCUCACUCCGUUGUGGCAUCUGCAAGCAGCUGUUGGGCUCCUCACAGGGCUCCCUUCCCUCUCUUCGCCAGCUGAUGGAUCCCAAGAGGCUUCUCUCGUUGAACUUCCUGCUGUUUCUCUCCCUGGCUUUUGAGCUGAGCUAUGGAACAGGUGAGAGCUUGCUGAACUGCCCAGAGAUACCUGGGCAGUUGGGAAGCAGUGUGCUGCUGUCCUUGGCAUCCGGAGGCAUAAGUAAGAGCAUGAACAAGAGCGUCCACGUCCUUGUCACCAGAGCAGAAUUACCAGGAAACAGUGUCAAGAAGAAAAUAGCUUCCCUGGAUCUGCCCGAAGGGGGGUCUCCACGCUAUCUGGAAAAUGGCUAUACCUUUCAUCUGGAAAACCUGAGUCUGGGGAUCCUGGAAAGCAGGAAGGAAAAUGAGGGCUGGUACUUCAUGACCCUGGAGGAGAACUUUUCAGUUCGACACUUUUGUCUGCAGCUGAAGCUCUAUGAGCUGGUCUCCACUCCGGAAAUUAAGGUGUUGAACUUGACCCAGGGGGAUGGGAACUGCAGCUUGACACUGGCCUGCGACGUGGAGAAGGGGGACUAUGUGGUUUACAACUGGAGUGAGGAAGUGGCUACUGACCCACUGACCCCAGACAACAACAGUACUCACCUCCUGCAUCUCAACCUUGGCCCUCAGAAUGUCAACAAUGUCUACGUCUGCACUGUGAGCAACCCCAUCAGCAGCCGCUCACAGACCUUCACCCCGAAGUCCCAGUGCUGGUCAGAAUCUUUAGAAUCAACACAAUGGGGACUUUAUGCUGGGCUGUUCAUAGGGGGCAUCGUUGGUGUCGUCUUGAUUCUCAAGGUGGUAAUAUUGCUGUUGAGAAGAAGAGGUAAAGCAAAUCAAUACCAGCCAACAAUGGAAGCAAAAAGCCUUACUAUUUAUGCCCAAGUCCAGAAAUCAGGGUCUGUUCAGAAGAAACCCGAUCCCCUGCCAGCUCAGGACCCCUGCACCACCAUUUACGUCGCUGCUGCAGAACCUGUCCCAGACCCUGUCCAGGAAUCAAAUUCCAUCACAGUCUAUACCAGGGUGACACUUCCCGAGAGCUGACACCGCAGACUCAGUGAAGGGACAUUCGAAGGAAUCUGGAGGGACCACAAUAAACACUGAACUUGGCUCCAGGUCCCAAGUUCCAAGUUCCCCGUGACACUCUGCACACCUGUACUCUUCUCAGCUCAACUCCUCGGUGAUGCUUUGUCCGCAGCCACCUGUGGGAUGGACAAGGGACUGAGGCUUUCCGAGCACUCAGCCUGUUCUUCAGGAAGAGAGAACUACAGGAUAACUUUCCAGCUCUGUGGUGUAGCAGACGGAAUGAGUAACGUGGGUCCAGGGAGCCCAGACCUCUAGGUGUCUUGCUCCUUGCUGGGACUGGACAAUAAGAGCCAAAGGCAGGAAGCUGGGACUUCCAGUACCUCUGACAGCUGACUCACUAGCCGCAACAUCUGGAACAUUUUACAUCUUGGCUGCCUGUGCUUGGUCCGGGGAGCUGACCCCGCUCCACACAGACCUGAUCAAGGCUCUGUGCCUUGCUUUCUCUCUCUGGAUGGGCAGUGAAGGGUGAACUCCUUAUCAUAGGUAGAGCACUCUGAGAUUAUUCUAUGAAAGAAGCUAAUAGAGUCAGUAUUUUAUUUGCGAAACCCAGAAGCUGAAGGGUCAAUAAACUGACAAUGUGACUGUGAAGUCUUUGAGCUCUGAAUAAUGGAAACAAAAUCACCCAAGAUUCUUAAGAAAUUCUAGAAUAUUUAAGUUUAAUAUUAUAUAACACAUAUACUUACAUAUGUAAUAUUUAAGAAUUUAAGAAUACUUAAAGGUAUUCCGAGCUGAUGCCCUGAGGUUUAAAGAGACGUGACAAGCGUUUGGGGGCGCUGUUGCUGAGGAACUUGGCAUCUUCAGGACUUGUCCCAGGCUGACCUUUUACUUCUCAAAGUGAUCUUUUAAUCCCUACUUCUCUGUUUACUCCGUUGAACAGCGCCUGCGGAACCUCCGCUAAGGUGCUCUCACCACGCUCAGAAUCCGCUCACACCCAUGGCCUCGCCGUCAUCCGGCUCUUUACCGGGCACCUGCCCGCCCCUUCUCACACGAAAUGUAACCUGCCCUAGAAAAUUAACAUAUUGUGACCCAACAGCGUCCGAUAAUUGCAUGCUGGAUAACUUAAAUUGCAGGUUGCAGACAGAAAGAGCCUCUUUUGGCAAAGUCCUCUUUUUUUCCCCAUUCUCUGCUCUCAGGCAGGCCCGCUUCAAUGUAAGCUCUUAGCGAAACUGGUUAAGUCGGUUCUUGGAAGACCUUGGUGAACCCUGGUUCAGAAAUCACCAGCCAUGUCGCAGCCGUGUGAGGGCAUCAACUUUCCAGCGCAAGGACGCCGGGCCCCAGCUGCUCGGCUGUCGUCUUCCUGGAUCCAGACCCCGGCUCCUCCACCCCUACCCUGCCUCCUCUGGACCUGGAAACUCAGGGUUGCUGGCAGACUUUCUGCGCCGAAGUGACCUCUCCCACGUCCCUUCAUCUCCUGCUUUCUAGUUUCUAAUUCGGACUCUGGGACUGAGUGGCCAGGGCGAGGUCACGCAACCAUGUUCUGCCUCCAAGGGAGGCUGGGAAUUGAGUAUCUGACAUGUUCCCCUUUCACAGUGGUUGGUGAGAUCUGCCUUUUACAAGUUAGGGAAUUCCACAAACACAAGCAAGUGAGACGGAAUGCUGAGCAGGCGAAAAGAGUAAAAAAAAAAAGAUCACUGUAUGUCGUGUAAACGUAGGCUCACUGUCUGUUCUCAGAAACCAAGGAAGCUACUAUCUAGGGUCUGUAAGCCUUGGGGUGAUGAGCACUCAGACCCUUACCACAGCUCGGAUUGUUCUAGCCCGUUAGUUCUCACGCUUGGCUUUUCCUUGUGGCCGAAUUCUGCCCAAUGGAAGGAAGGAAAGAAAGGAGGAGAGAGGAAGCUCUCCCCUCAAAAUUCCCCAGCAGAGGCUCAAGACCUCACUGAGGAGGAUGGCUGCGUCUUGUGGACUUUCAGACUGUCCUUCAAAUGACGUUUGAUGUCAGGUUCUGCACCACCAGGCUCCAGGGUCACGUGGGAAAGCACGCACCCCUCGGCUCACACCCUUCCCCCCAAGGCACUGAUGUUGGGGCUGGAGUGUUCUUUUUCCUCAGGCCUAAAAAAUGAAACUGAUACUAUAGAGUCCAGCUUCCCCAUGUUUCUUUUCUAAUGUUUUCUUUUGAUUGAGCAUAUCUGAAUUUUAGAGAACUCAAGAGGAACAGACCAUUCCCAGUAUUAAGGGGCCAGGCUCCAAAAUGCAGCGGGGUGUAGUCCCUCCUGAGGACACUUCUCUGGUCCUACGAACCCAUGUGAUUGGUCAACGGGGCCUAGGCGCGUUGGAGAACCCCUGAUGACAGUAAGCUACGUCUCUUCCUGAGUUUUUGUUUCUACCUCCUGGAAAUGAAUAAAAUUUGGACAAUCAGUCCAGGAA